AUGGCUUUGGAUUUACGCUUGCAUUCUCCAGCAGGCGCGGAACCCGUUGUUUAUACAUGGCCUCUCACAUCAGGUCAUGGCUCGGACAAACACGAUGGGGCCCUGGAGAUAGUAGAAACCAUAAGGUGGGUAUGCGACGACCUGCCGGAGAUGAAGGGCGCCUUGGAGAAGAACAUCCUAAGCGACUACGACACCCACUCGUACGAGAGCAUGCGAGCCCUGUGCGACCGCUUCAACCGCGCCAUAGACUCCGUCGUGGCCUUGGAAAAAGGUACUUCACUGCCGACUCAACGCCUAAACAAGUACCCGUCCAGAGGUUUGCUGAAACACAUUUUGCAGCAGACUUAUAACCAAGCUGUGGCCGAUCCGGAAAAGCUGAACCAGUAUGAGCCGUUCUCACCCGAGGUGUAUGGCGAGACCUCUUUCGAGCUCGUGUGUCAGAUGAUAGACCAAAUAGACAUAACUGCCGAAGAUGUGUUCGUGGACUUGGGAUCGGGGGUCGGGCAGGUCGUUCUUCAAAUGGCGGCCGCCACUCCUUGCCGCAUCUGUUUCGGUGUCGAGAAAGCCGAAGUGCCCAGCAAAUACGCCGAGAAUAUGGAUUCAAACUUUAGAAUGUGGAUGAAGUGGUACGGGAAGAAGUAUGGGGAAUACAAAUUGAUAAAAGGAGACUUCCUAAUGGACGAACACAGAGAAAAGAUCAAUUCGGCGACGAUUGUUUUCGUCAACAAUUUCGCUUUCGGGCCCCACGUCGAUCAUCAGCUCAAAGAACGAUUCGCAGACCUGAAGGACGGAGCGAAGAUCGUGUCCUCGAAGAGCUUUUGUCCGCUCAACUUUAGGAUAACCGACAGAAAUCUUAGUGACAUCGGGACCAUCAUGCACGUCAGUGAAAUGUCGCCGCUCAAAGGCUCCGUGUCCUGGACGGGGAAGCCCGUGUCUUAUUAUUUGCACAUAAUCGAUAGGACCAAAUUAGAGAGAUACUUUCAAAGACUGAAAAAUCCGAAACUCAAGGUCAGCAAAAGGGGAAUUCAAAAUGGAUGCGACGAUGGCGAGGGUAGCAGUAAGAGAAACUUGAGCGCACCGCCGACGAGGCAGUCGACACCGGAUCUGUUGAACGGCAACAGUAACCAUAGCACGGGAUCCCUGCCCGAGAGGAGAAGGAAAGUUGCGAGGCCCAGACCUAUCAGAGCGGAAAACGGCAGGACGAGAGCGCGCGCAGCAGUCGCUAAACGUCGUCCGGCUCGAAGGUCCAGUGACGAGAGCGACGAAGAGUCCAGUGGGACCGACGAUCCACCGCCUGGACCGGAACCCGCUCCACGAGAAUGGGGCGCGCCCUGGGCCUCCUCAUCCGAUUCUAAUCGCCGCGGGCGGAACUCGAAGAGGAGCGCGAGCGCAGGUGGAGCCCGGCGGAGAGCGGCAGCUCGAGCCAAGCGACGUCGCGGAGCUAGACCCAACAUUGCCGGUCUGGACCUGCUGCAUUCGACCACGCUCGCCUCCACAAUACACAAUGGCGCUGUGACUUCACCGCCGCCAGGAUGCGUGGAGCAGCGGCUCUCCGCCUUAGGUGUGUCGCUCCAGUCGCCGGAACGCUUGCAUUCGGAGCUAGAGAUUCCCCGAUCGCCUCAAACGCCUUAUAGCUUGCAGCUUUUACUGGACAUGUUUCGUGAUCAGUACCUUGCCUUCGUUGGCAAGAUGAACACUCCUGAAUAUGCACAGGACAUACGGCACCAAAUUGAUAAGGAGAGGGAAAGAAACCAAAAAUUAAAGUCGAGGGCGUCUCAACUGGACAAGCAAAUCAGUGUGUUAAUCAGCGAUAGUGUGGCGUUGCUGAAAGCUCGAAUGAGCGAACUGGGCAUACACGCGAACAACACCGUAGAUCUUUUAGCGAAGGCGAAGGAAAUCGUCGGGAGGCACAAGGAACUUCAGAGCAAAGCGAGCAAACUACAGGCGCAGGUGACAAAUAUUGAAUUAGAGCAAGCGAUGCUCGUUAAGCAGAGAACUUUUGAGAUAACUGAAAAGUACAGGCAACUAGGGCACAUACCGCCCGAUGUAGAAAUAACGCAAAGCAUAGCGCACGAUUGUAUACUCAAGGAGAUUUCGGCGACUCUCGCGCAUAGAAAACGAUUACACGCACAAGUCGGCCAUUUGCAAAACGAGAUAAUUCAAAUGGAGAAAGCGAGCGAGCAACAGAAGGCACCCACGUCGUCGGUGCCCGUGGCGACUGUCAAACCCCACACCGUCAAUUCGAAGCCUCGGAAGUCCAGGGAUCACCGUUCUAGGUCGCAAGAUUGGCCGGAUGUCCCCGAUGUGGGCAAGAUAGAGGAACAGAAUCCGGAGAUCCUAGCGCAAAAGAUCUUGGAGACGGGCAGGCAAAUAGAAGCUGGCAAGAUUACAAAACCGAAUGUUAUAGUCAAUGGUUAUAUCAAAGAUCCAGAUAGGCACAUUGAUCUUAGUGAAUUGCAUUGUAGGCAACAAAAGACUGCAGUUGCGGUCCACCGCGCUCAGGUGCCCGCCCGACCCGGAGUGCCUCUUGCGCGACAUUCUCCGGGCAAAUCGCAAAAGCCCCUGAAUGUAGUCGCUAAGGUGCAGGAGUCUCCCAAAGUGAUCAACUUCGAGGACCGUCUAAAGAGCAUCAUUACCUCUGUUCUCAACGAGGACCAGGAGCAGCGGAAAGCUUCACGGCUCGAGCCGAGACAAGCGACGCCAAAUCACGUGUACAACAACGGGUACGUACGUCCGACGGCGCCGCAUCAGAAUUUUGCGCGUCCGGCGUCCGCGGGAAACGCGGUGCAAGCUUAUGCGCGACCCAUACGUGACGUGAGGGACCCGCGCGAAUUGCGCGAUCCGCGUGACAUGCGCGACCCGAGGGAGUUACGGGACCCGCGAGACAUGCGCGACGUGCGUGAUGCGAGAGACGCACGGGACAUGAGGGACGGGCGAGAGUUGCGGGACCCCCGCGACGUCCGAGACGUGAGGCGCGAACGCUACGGGUAUGAACGCCGCGAGCCGAGACCCUCGCACGCGCACCACGAACCCCGACCGCCCGAUUUGCGCAAUCAUAGUGCUGCGCAGCCAGAUUAUACGCAGGUAUCCCCAGCGAAGCUAGCGCUACGUCGACAUUUGUCGCAGGAGCGGGUGUCGAGCGGCGCGCGGACGAUCGGUGACCUGGUCAACGGCGAGAUAGAGCGCACGCUCGAGAUCUCCAACCAGAGCAUCAUCAACGCGGCCGUGCACAUGAGCGCCCGUUACCAUGAACCCCCCGCCCAUCAACCGCUUGAAGGAUUAGCUGCGUGUUUACAAGCACGCGUACUCGCCUCUGAGUAUUGGCGAGGUCGUAGCGGACCUGGAGGAGCUAAUGGGGCAGGAGGUGGACCGGGCGCAGCCGACGCGGAGGACGCGACCCGACGUCGCACCCCGCCGCCCGAUCCGCACUCUAACACUUCCACGCCACUCGUCGACGAGCUGCCCGACAGACCUCCAGAAGUUGAGGGCGGAGAAGAGGUGGAAGAGAGCAAAUGGCAGGACCGCAUAGCGUUUCGUUUCGACCAAAUAAUAUCGUUCGCGUCUACCGCCAUGGAGGACAAGCGGCGGCGGUCGGACGAGGCGUGCAACACCUCGCCCGACUCCGGCAUCGGGCACGGCGAAGCCCUGAGGAACGCCGCGAACGAGUCCUCCACACAGGUCCAAGCGGCCGCGACGCCCACGCCCGUCGAACCGGAAGUCACAGAGAUGAGCACGGAUCCUCCGAUAAGCGAAAACUCUACGCACACUAACGAAGCGCGCUCCCCAUCUCCUCCUACGCACCAUUUCAAGAAACGUUUCUUCCGUCGAUCGAGGUGGGGCGAGUGGGGCGGGACGGGCGAUUCGGCCCCCACUGAGGGUACGCCACCGCCGUCGGACUGGGAACGCCCGCAUAUGUGA